AUGCCUGCAUUUAGUCGACAAGAGCAACACCGGAUGCGCCAAGAACGUGAGCACCUGGAAGCUCAAAAGCGCAAAGCAGAACGCAUACAAGCCCACGAACGUCGUAUGAGGAAACAGGCCGAAGACGCUGCACGUGCUAAAGCCGACCGUGCCCGACGUCAUCAAGAGCGAGUGGCAGAUGAGACUAGGAGGCGCCGAGAAAAGGACGCUCGUUAUCCCCGCUCGAGUAGCGCGCAGUCGAACUAUGCCGAGUAUGACUACUCUUAUGGCGCACAUAACCAGCAACAGUUUCAGCACGACUCAUCCACGUCCGCCACUGCAACACGUGACGCCAUUCGUCGGUACACAGCCGGUCUGGGGCGGAUGAACCGAGUGGCUGUGGCCUGUGAUGAGCAACUAUCCUUUACCGACAUCCCAUGGCCGACGCUGUACCCCAUCUGUGGGACGUAUGGAAUAUCAAAAGAGUCGGUCAGGCACAUUGUACUAUCCGAAUUAUUGUAUCCCUGGAAGGAUCGCCGAGGCCGCCUGCUUGCUUUUCUGCGCUACUGGCACCCGGACAAAUUUGUCGGGAGGUAA